GACCAUCUUAGUGGCCACUACGAGCUGACAUGAACAUCUUUACUAAGGUCCCCGGACUAGCCAAACAAACCAGCAAGCUGGGGUCUGUGCUCCAACGUGCCUUCUACGGGUCCAGUGGGAGGGUGACCCUUUUCGAGCAGAGGAACUUCGCAGGUCGGCGACUGGACCUGACCUCUGACUGUCAGAAAUUGAGCGAAAAAAACUUUCCCGACAGAUGCAACUCUGUCCAAGUGGAGAGUGGAGCAUGGGUGGCAUAUGAACAUGAAAACUUCCGUGGACGUCAGUACCUGUGGGACAUGUUUGACAGGGGGGAGUACAACUGCACUGAUAGAUGGUGUGCUCAGGGUGACCACAUCUCCUCUGUUCGUGCUGUGAAACAAGACAACAACUCUCCCCGUGCACAGCUGUUUGAGAGGGCAGGUUUCUCAGGCAAGAAGACAGACCUCCAUGACGACAUCCCCAACCUGAUGAGCCGUUACAGCCUGAACAGAGUGUCCUCCAUCAGAGUAAUGGGCGGAACCUGGGUGGCGUACCAGGAGCCUAACUACAGAGGAGCACAUUACAUCCUGGAGAGGAAGGACUACAACAACUUCUCUGACUGGGGUGCUCAAAACAGCACCAUUGGCUCAAUCCGCCGUGUCCGCUUCGGCUAAACACAACCCCCUGCGAAACACCCACAUCUGUCAGCUCUUUAUACAAACAAUAUGCCAGCUAUAAGUGAAACAAACCCCACAGAAGACCUAUUUUAGUAAUAAACUGAUGAAAAAGACAAUUAUUGUUGUUUGUGCUUAAGUUAUCAAACAGGAAUUACAUCAGGUAUCAUAAAGAUGAAACGUUCUUCAACAGCUCAGGGGUUUUCAAAUGCAAGAAUAAGCAUUGGUGUUGCCCUCUGGUGGUAAAACACACUUCUGCAAUAUCAGUCUGGUCUACUGCUACCUGGUAUGCCAGAGCAACCACCAUCUUAAGAUAGUUCGCAGGAUUGUUCCCAGUAUGGUAGAGCACUCUUUUGUCCUGCCCUGAUGGGAUGUGGGAUGCUUAUAGGAUCCGUGAGCUCAUGGCUAGGCCCUCUCUUGUAUGAUGCGAAUCUUUUAAAGAGCAGCUGUGGAGCUCAUCUGUGUGUAUUUGAGCGUACGUUGAGGAAUUCACACAGGCUUUAGCUCUGUGUUGGACUGAGAGACACAUGCUGUAGUGCUCUCUAAAGGCCGGUGAGGUAUUUCUGUGGGUCGUGGGAGUAGCAGUUGCUGUGCCCCUGUCGUGCCGAUGACAUUGUGCUACAUCUCUCUCAUGGUCACCACAGCAGCCUGGAGGUACCCACCAGUGUAGACACAGAGGAGGGCUGGGAGAGCGCAAACUGCUUUAGGGUGAAUGAGAGAGAGCGAAAUUUAUGUGAUUAUAAACAAAUGUUUGACACAACCAUUAUGUUAACCACUGGCACUUCAUUUAUUCUAUAAAACUAGCAUUACAGCUAGCAGCUAGUAUUACAACUGUUUUCACUGUUACCACCGCAGCUGCAGUUACUCUUGCUCUUGUAGUGCAUGAACAAGGUUUAACAGUUUAAAUAAACAUUGUUAUUUACAAUGAAAAAAGUAAUAUAAUAUAAUACGAUAUAUUUAGUGCUGUCAAACGAUUAAUCACAAUCAC